AUGCACCUAUCAAGCAGCAAUUCGAGACAGAAGUCGUUAUCAUCCAAAAACGCCUUGCCCGGUUUCCUCACGAAGUACACGAAGUGGAAGAAGGUACGCUCACAGAAACGAGUGCGUCAAUGGUCAUAUGACUUCGGUUCCGACGAAAAGUCCGCUAUCAGCCAAGCUGUCUUAUCUUACAUCGACGACAACGAAUUUGACACCAACGCCAAUCCGCAACCGGACGAUGUGACUGAGACGAUUGUGGCAUCCCUGAUCACGUCGAGAGACUUCCCGGGUCGUCGCAGAAGUAAGCUAGAGUGGGACGCCAAACGCGGAAUUGUUUUGCAAAAGACGCAGCGUCCUGUUGCGCGUGCCGGGCAUAUUGCUUCAGGGCGGUUUGGUGGGUUUGCUGACAUGGUCAAAGAUAAGCUUUCUGUGUUCUCUAAUACCAUCCCCACCUCUGCUGAUCUGUGGUCGCAACACGGGCAAACUGCCAACGAAAAUGGACGCUAUGGCCUCGCAUCAAACAUGGUUGCGAUUCUGGCGGGCUUGAUCGAUGAAGUCUUCGCUCCGAUUUGUAAGCAGCUCAAUCAGAGAGCACAAUUCUGGGCUGAUCUCGCGAAUGACACGGAGGUUGGAGAGCACGUUGGUGUCGAGGGAGGUGGUGACGACGCCAUGGAUGUGGACGAUAGCACGAACGGUGGGAGAAUCGAAUCUGGUGGAGUGAAACCCGACGGGGCGAUGGCCAGCAACGAGGAUGUUGAUGAGAUCAUGGAAGGGUAAUCUGGGACGAGAUGGGAUGUAAAACUUUCCGCAUCUUCAACGUCUCAAAGUGCGAUCAAACUUGUGUUAUGCUUCUUUCACAUUCGAAGGAGCUAAUCGCACUUGCGCCGUCGACGGCCGUGUCUGGUGUCAUUUGUGUGGCAAGAGCAUCAUCUUCUGCAAGAUCUGCCCCUAUUGGACUUGAUAUAGGAAUCGGUGAUCGGACGAAGCAUUCUACUGACUAAUCCGAUGCUUCGUUGCUCCGAUGACUCAUCCAUCGCUUGUUACUCCGAUGACUAAUAUCAUAUUUCAUCGACAACCUUGGAGCUUUUG